ACUUUAUACCAGUGAACUCAAAGCAGCAUCAAGAGCAGAAACCAGCCGAAUAUUUAGAGAACUACUGAGUGGAGGAAACAGCUGAAUGAUGAGUGCUGCUCAGAGUCAAACAACACUGGAGUCCAAACUGGAGGCCCUGCAGUGCCACUUCACCUGGGAUCUGGAGACCAGCAAGUCCAUAUUUUUACAUCUAAGGGACCACCUGGAGGACAUCGGCACCGAGGAGGGAAACAGCUGGCUGGGUCACAUUUACAACCUGCGGGGGUUCAUUCAGUACAAGCUGGGGUUCACCGAAGACGCCCAGAGUUUCUUCAACAAGGCUGCAGAGGCCUUCAGGAGGAUAAGAAACGCAGAUGAGGGUCCCUGGUUGGUGGUGAACUACGGGAACCUGGCGUGGCUGCACCACCACCUGGGAGACCAAGCAGAGAGUCAGGCUUACCUGUCAAAGGUCGACGCCCUGAUGAAUAAAUACCCAUCUCCAUCCCAGGACGAGCUCCAUCCAGAGAUCUACGCUGAGAAAGCCUGGACCCUGAUGAAGUUCAGCAAAGAACAUAAGAAAGAGGCUGUAGAUUACUUCCAGAGAGCCAUCAGGAUGCAGCCGGACAUGGUGGAGUGGAACACCAGCUACAUCUUAGGGUUAGUGUAUACUUGUGAUCACAGAGACAGAGGGCUGAAGGCUGACCUUCUGGAGAAAAUGAGAAUGGCCAAGGAACAGGAUCCAGAGAACUUGUUCCUUGCUGCUCACUACUUAACUCUACGUGCUGACCGCGGAGAAGAAAUCAAAGAUGAAGCACGUGAGUUAGCCAGAAAGGUUUUGAGAAAUCCUGUGAGCAGCUACAGUGGUAUUAAACCAUUACUAAAUGUUUACAGUUACUAUGUUUCUAUUGAUGAAGCCAUUGAUUUGGCAGAGGAGGCUCUGAAAACCCAUCCAGAUGAGCGUUAUCUGAAGAGAUGUGCUGCACACUGCUACAAAUGCAAGCUCAUUUAUUUCAGGGAGAGUCGUCUAGAGCAAAGCGUGAUAGACAGAGCAAUCAGUCUCCAUAAAGAGGUGAUUGCUCUUCACCCUGAUUCUUCACUUGCAAAGAAAAUAGACCUUGCAAGUAUAUACGCAAAGUCAAAUUACAGCCAGGAUAAAGCUGAGCAGAUAUACCAGGAACUGCUAGAAAGUGAUGGGGAACCUGCAGUCAAACAGAGGAUUUACAACUGCUAUGCAAAACAUUUAUACUUCUAUCGACAAGACAGCAAAGGGUCAGUACGAUAUCACAUGAAGGUGGCAAAGAUACCGCAAAGAAAUAUCUAUCGGAAGACCAGCAUCACAACCCUGAAGAAGAUUAGAGACAGAGGCAGGAGCCACAUGUGUAGAGAAAUAGAGGAGUUUCUGGAAAACCUGUGAGAGCCGUAGUGUUUCUAAAAGCACUGGUUCUAAAUCCAGAUUAAAUGUAGGUACAUACAUUACAUUAUAUUGAUUACAUAGAUCAGGAAAACCUGAUCCUUCUGUUGGUCUGCUGGUCCAGAAGCAGCAACACCUUAUUCAGAACAUGUACGAUCAACUCGUUGUUGGUUUUGGUCUUUUAAUGGUUAUCACAAAGAUAUGUAUCAUAUAAAGACAACUGUCUGCACUUUAGUACAGUUAAUACAAGACAAAGGCUGUUAUGUGGGUGUUUUUAUGUUUGCACCGUACAGUAGCACUUUUAAUUUCGUUGUAUGUAAUUACAAUGACAAUAAAGUCAAUUCGAUUAAAAAAAAGUUGAUUCUAAUUCAAAAUAAAAAUAACUUUUAUAUUGACUCUGAAAACCUGUCAGCAGUAGUACACUAGAUCUGUAUCAAACAAGCUGAAUCAUUUAAUUACACUGGUCCUUUAAAUAAGAUCCACUGUGGACACGUUCAGAAGUCAUUAC